AUGACCUCAAGAGUCAAGAGUGCGACCUCAAACGGCACGCAACCUCUGGACUCGGGCUCCCAGGAGGUCACUCCACUGAAAGAGAAGUUGACGAUAGACAACCCCUUUUCGGAGGAUAUUGUCAAGUUCCAAAUGCCAAAGAAUUUUGUUCUACCUACAGCACUCAAGCCCUAUGAAGGAUUUGGAGAUCUCCGUGUUCACAUUAAAAAGUUUCAAUCCAUGAUGUUCUUUAACAGUGCCUCUGACCCUAUAUUCUGUCGGUCUUUUCCAACUUUUUUGGAUCAUGCUGUUUUAUUUUGGUUUUCUAAGAUUCCUACAGGUUCAAUAUCUUGUUUCGAGGAACUGGCAAGGUCCUUCAUUGACUAUUUUGCAGCUUCAAAGAUAUACGUACAUGGGUCCGACUACCUCAGCACUAUCAAACAAGGCCCGCAUAAAAGCUUGAAGGACUAUAUGACGACGUUUGCCAAAGCAACUAUGGAGAUCCCCGACCUCGGCCCUGAGGUACACCUACACGCACUAAAGAGUGGCCUCCGCCCUGGGAAGUUCCAGGAAACCAUCGCUGUCACCAAGCCGAAAACACUAGCAGAAUUCCGAGAAAAAGCUACAGGUCAAAUGGAGAUCGAAGAACUCCGUGAAGCUUGGCAGACGAAAAAACAGCAACCCCGUCGAGAUGAAAAAAACAACCAAGGUCACACACAAGCAAGGAGCUUAAAAAGCCUUUCAAACUGA